CUAGCCAAGUCCAGUAAGCAUCAGCAAAUCUGACGUACCCCAUUCGUGCCCCGUCUCCACUCCCGCUGCCGACUCCGGCGACCACCAUGGCCACUCGCCGGAGCCCCGCCACCACCAACCACCGCCUCCUCCUGCUCCUCCUCCCCUUGCUGCUAAUCAGCUCGCUCUUCCUCCCCCUCUCGUCCGCCUACCGCCCCGGCGACAUCAUCCCCAUGCUCCGCUCCGGCCAGUACCACGGCUCGAGGUCGGUGUGGUUCGACGUCAUCGGCCGCCACUGCCCGGUCUUCGCGGUCAACCGGGAGGUGCUGAUGCCGAUCCCCAAGCCGACAGGGUUCACCGGUGCGGAUCCGUAUAAGAUAACAUUUCAGAUUGGACACGAAAAGUUCCAUGUUCCUUGGCUUUAUGUUAUUAAUCGCAAAAGCUCUGAAGUUCCACUGAUUGAUUUCCAUUUAAAAUACACUGGAAACGAUUUGCUUGGUGUUACGGCUAAAGUAGUGGACAUGCCUCACCAUUUUGUGGAACUUCAUCCUGACAUAAAGAAGAAUUUCUGGGAUCCACAGAAUUGGCCAAAAUAUGUACUUGUUAGUUAUACAUGGGAGGAACAAUCAGAGAUAGAUGUUACUGCAGGAUUCUAUGUGUUAUUUGGAUCUGGCCUUGUUCUUUCCUUCGUUCUUGCAAUCUAUGUAUUGCAAUCAUCUCAAGAUAAGUUAACAAGGUUUGUGCGAGAAGCGGUUUCUGAUGGCAGUCUACCUGAAGGAGGGGUUGCAAAGGUUGAGUGAUGUUUCCGCGAGGGGCUGUUGGAUUAUCGACAAAUGUCCACUUAUGGAAACACCAACAAAGACAUUGUGAACUCAAGCUACCAAAUUUCUUGGGAGCGUGGACAAUAGCAUGCAUCUGAAGAACCGGUGAACCAUUUUGUAUGCGUGCAUUGUGCGGAACUGACAAUUACAACAUGGCAGUUAAAUGAGAGAUGAAUUGUAGGUUUUUCCUUGGUAUAACGGAACUUUUAGCAAGCUGGAGUAUGUGCAGUUGCUAGCUCAUUACAGUUUUGAUAUAUGACCUGUGUGAUGUUGCAAGAAUUUGUCUUCUAUAUCUACAUUUUUAGCAUGUGUAAGUAAAAACAGGCAUCGUGUAUACCUCUACAGAUAACAAGAUUGGUGCAAAUGUUUCAUUGCUUCA